AUGGAAGAAAAGCUCUCACAAGGUGUGAUGAAUUAUACACCCACGAACGAAAAGUACUACAAAUUUGAUAUCAUCACUAUACCAGAUAUUUUGAUCUCUUUCUUUGGCAUCGUCUCGCACGUAUUAUUGCUGGCAGCUUUUAUUAAAGAUCCUCUAAAAUGCUUCAGAAACGCUGGUAUCUGUCUCAUCGUCAAUCUAGCCGUGUCGGAUUUUAUCGUAUGUCUGCUUGGACCAAUCAAUGCUACGCUCAUGGCCGAACAAACGCAACUAUAUCUACAGGAUCGUUUUAUAAUGAUCAACUAUCCUCUGAAACAUCGCGUAAUAAUGAGUGCAAAAGUUAUGGCAGGAUGGAUAGUGCUGACUUGGGUUUUGGGUACUAUGUUCGCUUUCAAAUGGUUGAUAUUUGGACAUUUUAUUGCAUGUAUCUUAAGAAAUGAGAUCGAGAUCCACAUUAAAGGUCAAACACGUCUAUAUCUAGGAAAUAUUUGCGGCGUAAAUUAUCGUGUCUCAGUCAUAACAAUAUUUUCAAUAUCCUUGGAUCGUUAUAUCAUAGUCAACUAUCCUCUGAAACAUCGCGUAUUAAUGAACACAAAAGUUAUGGCGGGAUGGUUAGCGCUGAUUUGGCUUUUGGGUACUAUAUUAUUUUUCAAAUGGUUGAUGUUUGGUGUGUCAGCGAAAGACGAAGAAAUAAAGAAUUAUGCAUCAUCUUCGUUCGCUCUGCUUGCCGUGUUGUUCUACGCAGGAACAUAUUUUUGUUUGAAAAAGCAAUCACGGAAUAUUUUGUUACACAAUUUCACGAACACGACAACAACUAGAAAUCAAGAAACGCGUAUACUGAAAGAGAAGCGAUUCUUGACAACAAUUAUAUUAAUCGCAUUUAUCACCUUUGUUUGUGUGGUACCUCCUAUUAUCCUUCAUCAGGUUACCAUAACAACCAAAGGCAUGGGUGACGAUAAUGAAAGCAAAACAGUUUUUAAAACUCUAUAUAAUAUUAUGGGUGUGUUGUACUACUUCAAUUUUGCAAUAAACCCUCUCAUUUACGUUAUUCGUUUUCCAAAUUAUCGUAAAACAUUUUAUUGCAUGUACCUUAAGAAAUGA